UGCAGGCACUGGUAAGGACGACUGAAAAGAAGGGUCCUUCAUGUUCAACCGGCGCUUGUUUUGCAUCGCUUCCCCACGCUUUGCUAAGGGCCAGUAGGAGACUCACUCUUCCCCUGGCCUGGCGGCCUGGCUCUUCCCACCGGGACAGGCAGGCAGAUCUGGUCCGGAGGAGCUCAGUGGAUGAGAUGACUGUGGUGGUGACCUCCAGAGCUUCGAGAGUGACCCAGUGAUGGCUCGUCCUGCCCCUGCUCCUCUGUACACCCUGAGGGGGGCUGGAUCCCCCCUUAAUGCCUUGCACUUCGGCUGCUGUGAAGGGGACCCUCCCCUGCUCUUUUCUGGCUCAGGCCAGGGGUCAGUCCAUGUGUGGAACCUGACCACCAGGAGAGCUGAAAAGGUUCUAGAAGGUCAUUCUGGAGCCUCUGUCACCUGGCUCAACACGCUCCACUCCAGAGACACUCUCAUCAGUCAGGGGCGCGACAUGCGUGUGUGCUUGUGGGACCUGGCAGAGGGGCGCGGUGAUGUCACGGACGCCCUGUGGACCGGCAGUGUGGGGUUCUGUCGCUGUUCCCUGCUAGAGACUGGCCCUGGGAGAUGGCUACUGGCCCACGCUGGAGAAGCCAUGGAGGAGGUGAAGAUCAUUGAGCUGCCCAGCAAGAGCCCAGUUUGCGCCCUGAUACCACAAGCCAAGCUGGGGAUGGUCAUGUGCAUCAAGCUAUGGCAGCCAGACUCAAGCCCUGGCCCUCUCCUCCUGGCUGGUUAUGAGGACGGCUCGCUGGCGCUGUGGGACGUAUCCCAGAGGUCCGUGCUGAGCCGUGCGGCCGCCCACCCUGAGCCCGUCAUGUGUCUGGACUUUGACCCCGCCGGGCAGAGGGGCAUCUCUGGCUCCUCCGAGAAGAGCCUCGCCUCCUGGAUGCUUGACGGACAGCACAGACUCCAGCUCCAGGAACCCGUAGCCCUUGUGAAUCCUGGGAUCUCCCAGCUGUGCAUCCGGGGGGACCGUAAGAUCGUGGCGUCGGCCGGCUGGGACCACCGUGUCCGUGUGUUUGGCUGGAAAAAGCUCCGGCCCCUGGCUGUCCUCCAGCACCACACAGACAUAGUGCUGAGCCUGGCCUUCUCAGACCACCAGGACCCCAGGAACAGGAUGCUGGCCGCGGGCUCCAAAGACCAGCGCAUCAGCCUCUGGUCCAUAUACAACCAGGGCAGCUCGGACACUGGGUGAGCUACUGGGCCCUGUUGGUAUGUUAUGGAUGUGACCAUGAAUGUGUGUAUCUCACUCCACAUAGGGAGUCUUCUCGCCAGUGAUUAUACCAACUCUUUUACACUCCUUUUACUAUCCCUGGACUGUAUCUGAAUGUACUGACUAGAGCUGGACUAUGUGAACUACUGGGCAGGAACUUCUGUCUCAGACUGUGAAGACAUUUCCGACAGCCAAGAUGGAUCAGGUCAGGAUGAGAUGUCUUUGUGCUUCCAAACAAAAGCUGUCAAGACAGCUGGUUAGUUCUGCUAACAAUUCACUGAGACUUAAUUUGAACACAUUAUUUUUGGUCAAAACCAACUGUUUUAUUGUGUUUGCUUAUCUGGUAGGAGAUUUGCCUGAGCGGACUUGAAUUUGAGGUAUAAGUCGCGCCUGAGUGACUGUGUAAUCCUGUGUUGUUGAUCUAGUUUAACAUUGCCCUCUGCUCUGACCUAUACUGCAUCAGUCAAACAGGGUUAACCACAGAACUGGGACAGAAGAGACAAAGCUGUUUGUUAAGGAGGGCCACUAAACAAUGUUCCCUCAACUAAGAGAGGCUGUCUGUACGGAUUUGGACUAAAGAGGUUACUUGUAUUUUCAGUUUGGUCUUGAAUGUAUUUCUGUUUGUCAUUGUGAGUACAAUAUGUUGCCCCUGUGCAUUGUGGGAAAUCAUGUGUCAAAUUCAAAACUUUGAUUGGAUACAUUUAAGCUUUGUGAAUUACACCCCAGGUACACCAAAUGUAAAUAGUAUAUACUGUGCUUUGUUACUUUUUUAUUUCCUGGCAAUAAAUACGUUUUUCUGUACAUCCA